GAUCGACCCGCUGAAGGAAUGAAGACCUAGACUUACGAGACACAGGGGAACUGGAGAGCAGAGAAGCAGUUUCUUUGCAGUGACAAUGGUAGCGGCUAGUUGCACUUUCCGGUCGGACGACAUCGUAAUAAAGUCGCCUAACGAUAGGAGGCUCUACCGAGUGAUCGAGCUUAAGAAUGGACUCAACGCUUUGCUUGUUCACGAUCCCGAGAUUUAUCCGGAAGGUCCCCCAGGAGAUUCCGAAAUCCUACAAAACAAUGACCGGGAAGAAGCGGAAGUUGAAGAAGAAGAAUACAGUGGAGACAGUGAUGAGGAGGAGGACGACGAAGAAGAAGGAGAAGAGGAAAGCGAAGACGACAGUGAAGUAAAAUCAAAGGGGAAGGGAAAAGGAACUUCUACGCAGGCUAAGAAGGCUGCUGCAGCAAUGUGUGUCGGCAUGGGAAGCUUCUCUGACCCUGUUGAGGCUCAGGGCCUUGCCCAUUUCUUAGAACACAUGUUAUUCAUGGGGAGUACUAAAUUCCCAGACGAAAACGAGUAUGAUAGUUACUUGUCCAAGCAUGGAGGCUCGUCAAAUGCAUACACAGAGGCCGAACAUACCUGCUACCAUUUUGAAGUCAAGGCGGAGUUUCUUAAGGGUGCUUUGGCAAGAUUUUCUCAAUUUUUUAUUUCUCCCCUCGUAAAAUGUGAAGCCUUGGAACGAGAAGUACUUGCUGUAGAUUCAGAAUUUAACCAGGUUUUGCAAAAUGAUGCCUGCCGCCUCCAACAACUACAGUGUCAUACAUCCACACCUGCGCACCUGUUCAACAGGUUCUUUUGGGGGAAUAAAAAGAGCUUGGUUGAUGCUAUGGAGAAAGGGAUCAAUCUUCGGGAACUUAUCUUGAAACUAUACAGGGAUUAUUACCAUGGGGGAUUGAUGAAGUUAGUUGUCAUUGGAGGAGAGCAUUUGGAUGUACUUGAGAGUUGGGUUAUAGAAUUGUUUGAAGAUAUCAGAAAAGGCUCUCAGGUAAAGCCAGAGUUUAAGGCAGAAUGUCCUAUUUGGAAAGUUGGUAAGCUCUAUCGCUUAAAGGCGGUUAAAGAUGUCCAUAUCCUGGACUUAACUUGGACGCUUCCAUGUCUGCGUCAAGAUUACUUGAAGAAAUCAGAAGACUAUUUGGCACAUCUCAUUGGGCAUGAGGCCAGCGGAAGCUUGCUUUACUUUCUUAAAUCUAAAGGAUGGGUAACGUCUUUAUCUGCUGGGGUCGGAGACGAAGGAAUGCACCGAUCUUCUAUAGCUUAUAUCUUUGCCAUGUCCAUACACCUCACUGACUCUGGCUUGGAAAAGAUCUUUGACAUCAUUGGCUUUAUUUAUCAAUACUUUAAGUUAUUGCGUCAAGUUCCACCCCAAGAAUGGAUAUUUAAGGAGUUGCAAGAUAUUGGGAACAUGGAAUUCAGAUUUGCUGAGGAACAACCUCAAGAUGAUUAUGCUGCAGAACUUGCAGAGAAUUUGCUUGUUUAUCCAGCAGAACAUGUCAUUUAUGGGGACUAUGUGUACAAGGUGUGGGAUGAGGAAAUGCUAAAGUAUCUUCUGGGUCUCUUUGCCCCAGAAAACAUGAGAGCUGAUUUAGUAUCCAGUUCUAUCAAGUUACAAGGUUUCGAGAUUGAACCUUGGUUUGGUUCGUGCUAUACUGAGGAAGAUAUUUUCCCAUCAUUGAUUGAAUUAUGGAGGGAUCCUCCAGAAAUUGACGUUUCAUUGCAUCUGCCUUCAAAAAAUGAGUUCAUUCCAAGCGAUUUUUCUAUUCGUGCUGACAGUGCCUACAUUGAGCAUGCAACUUUAUCCUCUCCAAGAUGUAUACUUGAUGAACCAUUGAUGAAGUUAUGGUACAAGCUUGAUAGAACUUUCAAACAUCCUCGUGCAAAUACAUAUUUCCGCAUAAACCUGAGGAGUGCAUAUGAUAAUCUCAAGAGCUGUCUUUUGGCUGAACUAUUUGUCAAACUUCUGAAAGAUGAGUUGAAUGAGACUAUAUACCAGGCCAGUGUUGCUAAGUUGGAAACUUCACUAUCUAUUUUUAGUGACAAGUUGGAGAUAAAGGUAUAUGGUUUUAAUGAUAAGCUUCCGGUUCUCUUGUCCAAAGUUCUGGAAAUAAUCAAAUCUUUCGUACCAACCGAAGAUCGAUUUAAGGUAAUUAAAGAGGAGAUGGAACGAUCUCUGAAAAACACCAAUAUGAAGCCUCUAAACCACUCAACAUACAUGAGACUGCAAAUUCUGUGUGAGAGUUUCUUUGAUGUGGAUGAGAAACUGUGUUUUCUAAAUGAUUUGACUCUUGCUGAGUUGAAGGCUUUUAUACCAGACCUGCGCUCUCAGUUAUACAUUGAGGGUAUUUGCCAUGGAAAUUUGUUAGAAAACGAAGCAAUUGACAUUUCAAAUAUAUUCAAAAGAAACUUUUGUGUACAACCACUGCCAAUCCAAAUGAGGCAUGAAGAGCGGGUAUUAUGUCUUCCCUCAGGUGCCAAUCUUGUGAGAGAUAUCACAGUGAAGAAUAAGUUGGAAACUAACUCUGUGGUUGAGCUUUAUUUUCAAAUAGAGCCAGAAAUGGGGAUGGAAUCAACUAAAUUGAAGGCCUGGCUAGAUCUUUUUGAUGAAAUUGUGGAAGAACCACUUUUUAACCAACUAAGGACAAAGGAGCAGCUUGGCUAUGUCGUUCAAUGUAGUCCAAGGAUAACGUACCGCAUCUUGGGAUUUUGUUUCUGUGUUCAAUCUUCCAAGUACAGCCCAGUUUACUUGCUGGGUAGGGUUGAGAACUUCAUAAAUGGAUUGGAGGAGUUAUUGGAAACUCUGGAUGAUGAAUCCUUUGAGAGCUAUAGAGGUGGAUUAAUGGCGAAGCUACUGGAGAAAGAUCCUUCCCUCCAAGAUGAAACUAAUAGAUUUUGGAAUCAGAUCAUUGACAAAAGGUACAUGUUUGACUCGUCAAUGAGGGAGGCAGAAGAGCUCAAAAGCAUUCAAAAAAUUGAUGUUAUCAACUGGUACAAAAUGUAUUUUAAACAUUCGUCUGUGAAGUGUCGGAGACUUGCAGUUAGGGUAUGGGGUUGCAACGCUGACUCGAAAGAGGCUGAAAUGCAAACAAACUCGCCGCACAUUGUUAAGGAUGUUGCAACGUUUAAAUUGUCCUCUAAAUUCUAUCCAAGCCUUUGUUGAUGAGCGGCCAACCGUUGCUGAUUCAGUCUCUUUGUAGAAAGUAGAGUAUUAGAAUCAUUAUUUAAGGCCUCAAUUCCGAAGAGGGAGGUCGGUGGGAGCAGUAUCAUUUAAUGCGCCAGCAACAGACAGCAAAUGAACGGAAUAAUGACCACAUUAUUGGAAUUACUCCAAGUCUUCAUAAUUGUUUGUUAUAUACUUUGAACUCUGGGGUUGUUUGAUGCACUUGGGUAUUAACGUGUGCAGAUGUACUUACGCAAUUGACGUUGUGAACAGCCAUUGCAGAUUUGUUAUCUAAUCUUUCUGUUUUUUGUGCAGGAAGGUAGAUCUCAUGCAUGAAUGUGGACGUUAGGAAAUAAAGUUGUGUUUUAGUUCUCU